GCAAAAUUGAAGAACCCUUGCGUUCAUAGUAACAAUGGCGCUUUCCUCUGCGUUUCGAGAACGACUGGAGCAAAUGGAAAGCACCAGAAAUCAACGUCUCUCUCUUCUCCAGGCAGAGAAAGAAUUGCAAACGAGCAAGUCUCAGAUAUUAGCAUCGAAGAUGGUAAAUAUUCGGUCCAUUGAACAAAGGUGUUUGGUUCUUGUCCACAAAAUUGCAUUUCAGAACUUCAAAAUCUUGGUUCUUAAAUCGGAAAUCGAGAGCCUCGAUGCUAAAUACGAUGCUGAUUCACAAGAAUUCAGGGUUUUGAAGAGUGAAGUGGAGGAGAUGGAGGAGAAGGAGAAGGAGAAGGAGAGGUUUUAUCAAGUAAAAGGUCUUGAUAUGAAGGCUUUUAGCGAAAAUGUGGAUAAGUUUGUUAAGGAAUCUCGUAUUCAAGUGAAUGAGUUACGGAAUCGUGUGAAUGAGCUUAACUCAAUAUUCAUAAAACUUCAAGGGAACAAUGGGUUCUUGAGCAAUUCUGAGAUAGAUGAAGCAGAGAUGAGAAAAUCGCAACUUUUUGCUGUAAAGGAGAAUUUGGACACAAGUUUGGCUUCGAACUACCAAUUGAGAUCACAGUUGCAGAAGGAGCUUGAUAAUGUUUUGAUCAUAAGAAAUCAAGAGAGCAGGAAAGUGUCCCAGUUUCACUGAAAACAAAGGUUUAAUCGAGUGUUUAAUCAGAGGGUGUCACGGCCAUGAAUUAAUUUUCUGAAACAUGUAAGUGAUGCUGCCAGAUCCUUUCUUAAGUUGUUACAAAUAGUUUUAUGUGAGAUGUGUUCGUUACUUUUAAUAGUAAGCAUUUCUCUUGAUGAUUCUCGUUCAUAGGGAUGAGGAAACUAAUUUUGAGUAUUCGCGCAUGUAUUUCAAUUUAUGCUGAACAGGCUAGUAAUCCCCCCCCCCCCCUGAAAUUUUGCAUAUUAACUGCUAUGUUGAAGUUUAUACAAUCGGCUACUAUAUGUUUGCUUACAAUGCAUUGUGGAAUACGGAAGUUUGUAUAAUCUGCUAUAGUUUGUCGUACUUGCAUUGUGUUGUGGUCGUCCUUCUGGGCAUUGGACAGAAUAAAAAGUUGAGGAGAACCUUACAUCUUAAGUGAUUUGAAUGAUUGAAGAAUUUUAAUCUUCCUUCCA